AUGCGAUGCGCGAGCAAAGCCGCCGAGAGCGCGGCCGCACGUCUCUGUGCGGACGCCGAAGCAGAAACCACAGCAACUGAUGUCUCAUCGGUUGCUGAAGCGACCCAGCCUAUUUCACUUGGUGAUGCAGACGCUGGUCAUGAAGACACUCUUGUCUUCACAGAGUACGAGCUCGGUGUCUCGUACUGUCCUGAUACGGAAGACGGAUCCGUAUCGACGGCGAUCGAAUCCAAGCCGCCUUCCAAGCGUGGCAUGGAUGAUGCUAUGUGUCGCAGCAUCUUUGGUUCAUCCGACAUUUCAGAUGAACCAUCGCCGAAGCGAAGGCGCUCGAAGUAG